AAAUCUAUAGUAUACGUAACAUGAACUAUAGAUUUUCAGUACUAGCAGUGUAUAUCGGAACGCAGCCACGGUCACGUGCUUACACGCGUAUACCGCUAACGCAGACGCACGUUUCACAAUUGUAUGAUAUGUCGUUGAACAGCUGUUUGAAUAAAUUAUUAUGGCUUUUGUGUAUUGUCUUGUGCACAAAUGGAAAAACCGAUAUAUCUCGAAAAAAUGUGCUCCUAUUGCUGGCUGAUGAUGCAGGUUUUGAAAUGCGAUCGUACUUAAAUAAGAUAUGUCAAACUCCUAAUUUGGAUAAAUUGGCAAAGGAAAGUCUACUAUUCAACAAUGCGUACACAUCAGUCAGUAGCUGUUCACCAAGCCGCUCCACGAUAUUAACUGGAUUACCAAGUCAUCAAAAUGGGAUGUAUGGUCUUCAUCAAGGAGUUCAUCAUUUUAAUUCUUUUGAUAAUAUUAAAAGUUUGCCAAAAAUAUUGAAAAGAAAUAAUAUACGAACAGGAAUUAUUGGCAAGAAACAUGUAGGUCCCAGUAAUGUUUAUCCAUUUGAUUUUGCAUAUACAGAAGAAAAUAAUUCUAUUCUUCAAGUAGGUCGCAAUAUUACUUAUAUAAAGCUACUUGUCCGCGAAUUUCUUUCACAAAAUAAAACACAACCCUUCUUUCUGUAUGUUGCCUUUCACGAUCCGCAUCGCUGUGGGCAUACGCAUCCAGAGUAUGGCAAUUUUUGUGAGAAAUUCGGCAAUGGUGAUAUUGGAAUGGGUACAAUUCCCGAUUGGAAUCCAAUAUAUUAUCAAUGGGAGCAAGUUAAAGUACCAUACUAUGUUCAGAAUACCGAAGCUGCUCGAAGAGAUAUUGCUGCCCAAUAUACAACAAUAUCUCGUUUAGAUAAAGGCGUUGGCCUUGUUCUUGAAGAAUUAGAAAAGGCAGGAUUCAAGGAUGAUACAUUGGUAAUUUAUACAUCCGAUAAUGGCAUACCUUUCCCAAACGGUCGUACAAAUCUGUACGAUUCAGGUAUGGCUGAACCUAUGAUGAUAUCAUCACCGAUCCAUGGUCAUAGGAAAAACAGUGUAACGUACAGUAUGACGUCUUUACUAGACAUAGUGCCGACGAUAUUAGAUUGGUUCAAUGUAACUUACGUGGAUGAAGAUUCUAAUGAAGUGUCCUCUCCUCAACUUACUGGCAAAUCACUUUUACCAUUACUUCUCAAAGAACCUGUAGAAAAUAAUACAGCAAUUUUUGCUAGCCAAACACAUCAUGAAGUUACCAUGUAUUAUCCUAUGCGUGCGAUUAGAACUAAACGCCACAAACUUAUACACAACAUCAACUACAGAAUGCCAUUUCCUAUCGAUCAAGAUUUUUAUAUAUCCCCGACUUUUCAGGACAUUCUAAAUAGAACAAAGGACCAUCAAUUUCUACCAUGGUAUAAAACAUUGAAGAAAUAUUAUCAGAGGCCAGAAUGGGAAUUAUAUGAUUUAAAAUAUGAUCCGGAGGAAUUAAAUAAUAUAGUUUUAAAACCGUCCGCAAAGAGCAUAUUUGUCGAGCUUCAAAAACGAUUGUUUAAUUGGUUAGAAACAACAAAAGAUCCAUGGUUGUGUGCACCAGAUGGUGUCCUGGAGAGUAUUGGACAAAACAGUAAGCCUCACUGUAUGCCACUUAAUAAUUUAGAUGAUUGAAAUUCUUUCAUACAUUUACUGUUUGUAAUUAUACAUAUACAUUUAUUGUUUAUUGUGUUUUCAUUUUUAUAAAAUUUUAUACUUUAAUGUAUGUUUUUGUAGUAAUAAUAAAAGUAUAUAAUGCCCGACAA